CUCCUCCUAAUGGUCUCUCUGGUCUCUCCACAGCACCACCCUACUCCGCUAAGAUGGCCGACCUCGACAACAAGGAGCAGGAGAUGGACCCCGCCGACAUGGAGGACGUAGAGGAGGUGGAGGAGGAAGAGACGGGAGAUGAUGAGAACAGCAAAGCCCGCCAGCUGACGGUCCAGAUGAUGCAGAACCCAGAGAUCCUGGCGGCGCUGCAGGAGAGGCUGGACGGCCUGGUGGGGUCCCCCUCCGGAUACAUGGAGAGCCUCCCCAAGGUGGUGAAGCGGCGCGUACACGCCCUGAAGAACCUCCAGGUGAAGUGCGCCCACAUAGAGGCCAAGUUCUACGAGGAGGUCCACGAGCUGGAGAGGAAGUACGCCGCCCUCUACCAGCCCCUCUUCGACAAGAGGAGCGACAUCGUGAAGGCCGUCUACGAGCCCACGGACGAGGAGUGUGAGUGGAAGGCCGCCGAGGAGGAAGAACUGACCGAGGAGAUGAAGGAGAAGGCCAAGGUGAAGGAGGAGAAGAAGGAUGAGGAGAAGGAGGACCCUAAAGGCAUCCCCGAGUUCUGGCUCACCGUCUUCAAGAACGUCGACCUGCUCAGCGACAUGCUCCAGGAGCACGACGAACCCAUUCUUAAACAUCUACAAGACAUCAAAGUCAAGUUCUCUGACCCGGGGCAGCCCAUGAGCUUCUCUCUGGAUUUCCACUUCGAGCCCAACGACUUCUUCAGCAACACUCUGCUGACCAAGACCUACAAGAUGAGGUCCGAGCCCGACGAGACGGAACCCUUCUCCUUCGACGGGCCCGAGAUCAUGGGCUGUACCGGCUGUGUGAUCGACUGGACCAAGGGGAAGAACGUAACGCUGAAGACCAUCAAGAAGAAGCAGAAGCACAAGGGCCGUGGCACGGUGAGGACGGUCACCAAGACCGUCCCCAACGACUCCUUCUUCAACUUCUUCACGCCGCCGGAAGUGCCCGAGAGCGGAGAGCUGGAUGAGGACUCUGAGGCGGUCCUGGCGGCAGACUUCGAGAUCGGACACUUCAUCCGUGAGCGCAUCGUUCCCCGGGCCGUGCUGUACUUCACCGGCGAGGCCAUCGAGGACGACGACGAUGACUAUGAUGAGGAGGGAGAAGAGGCCGAUGAUGAGGAGGGAGAGGAAGAGGCUGAUGAGGAGAACGACCCCGACUACGAUCCCAAGGUUUAGCGGGGUGUCUGUAGAGCACUAACAAUAUCCUGAAGGACGCCAACCCAACACCCGAGUGUAAACAGCAGUGAGAUCGCCCCCUGCUGCUCGGAGGACUAACGACACUGUAACAAGACUCCUACUAGACUCGCACCGCCUUAUGAUGUUUUGUAUUUUUCUUGGUAGAAAUAAAUUGAAGAAAAAAAGAGAAAAGGGGUUUAAGAUUUUUGUUACCAGAACUGUUCUAACCCAGCGAGCCCGGCUCGGUAUACGAGGUCUUUAGCAUCUUAAAAUACUAGUGAUCCCGUAGUAUUUUAGCGUCUUAAACCCUGGUAUACGUGGUGUUUUUCCGUUGUGUUCUCCUCUGUAUUAUAGCCCCCCUGCAGGUCGCAUGGUAUCCUCCGCUAGGUUUACUCUCACUUUGGUUGUGUUUACUCGUGGACAACAGCUGAUGCAGGCAGCGUCACCGUGACGAUACUCCCUCCUCCCCAGUAUCCCCUGUCCUGUCCCCCCCCCCCUCCCCCAUUUCUCCAGCCCUUCAGGGUCGGUCUGGAAGAUUCUGUAGCACUUGGGACCCGGCGGGGGUGGAGAAUGGAUCAGAACCAGUCUGUCAUCAGGGUCCUAGAGACCCCCCCCCCCCCCCCCCCCAACAUCAAACCUAGAAACCCGGGUCCACUCCCUAAAUCAAACAUUCCAGCAUCCCUGGCCAGCACCCGACCAGGUCAACUAACAGAACAAUGUGUCGCCGCUGCUCAAACCUUCGGGACCAGUUGGCUCCCCAACCCCUCCCCAACCCUAGCCCCUGCACUUUGUACCGUCAGUUAGCAUCCAGCGCACUAGCUUCAGUCUAGCGGGUUGCAUGCUAACACGUGAGCCUGUUUCUGGCUGGUUGACGUGCUAGCCUCCGUCUAGCGGGUUAGUCGUGUCUGGCGUUGAACUGGUGUUGGAACCUCGUCUGAUUUUUAGAGAGCGUUGCAUGUGUGUGGGACUGGCUGGUAGACGUAGUGCACAGAGAUUCCAACCCGAGGUCGGAGGUGUGUCACUAAGUCCCGCCCCAAAGGUCAGCUGACUCACACCUUGCUCUGACCACGCCCACCCCCUGGGGUCAAAGUUCAACUUUAUCACUGUGAAGGAAACAAAGCACCAAUAAGAAGUUUGCCCCCCCCCCUGCCUGAAGCACAUUAGAGCAAUAAGAGAAGAUGAUUGGCUCCCCCCCCUCGUGGUCUGAACUGCCCCCGGUGGACAGCCAGGGUAUAAAGUUAGCAGCUGUUGUCAGGGUUAAAUGCUAUGCUACAAGUUACCAAUGUAUUCAAUAACUGUACGUGUAUAUUCAUGAAUAAACUGGUUCAACGUG